AUGAAAUUUGAGAACCUUCUGGCUGAGGUGGGAGGUUUUGGAAAAUUUCAGAUCAUUAUGAUCGUUCUUUUGGUUAUUCCAAGAGUCACAUUACCGUUUCACUUCUUGUUAAACAACUUUAUCGCUGCCAUCCCGUCCCAUCACUGUGACAUCAGCGGUCUGGAUGCUGACGGGAUCUUUGGGAAUCUGAGUCGGGAGGAGAGGCUGACUGUCAGUAUUCCAAAACAGGAAGAUGGGACUCCUGCUUCCUGUCACAUGUUCUCUCAUCCUCAGUUUUACCUGCUGUCAAACUCAUCGAGCAGCACAGAUCUUCCCCUGGUGGAGUGUCAGAAUGAAUGGGAAUAUGACAACAGCACAUUUAAGUCCACCCUGGCAACAGAGUUUGAUUUGGUGUGCGACAGGAUAGGUCUGAAUAAAGCCUCGGCCACCAUCUUCUUCAUUGGUGUGAUGGUUGGAGCAGCAUUUUCUGGCUGGCUGAGUGACAGAUAUGGCAGGAAACCCAUGCUAAUGGUGUCUUACCUUGUAACCGCUACCUUUGGUGUAGCCAGUGCAUUCUCUCAGUCCUUCAUCAUGUUUGCUAUUAUGAGGUUCUUCACUGGAAUGGGCCUUACCGGCAUCAGCAUCAUCACCUAUGUUCUGUGUGUAGAAUGGGCUGAUAUUGAGCACAGGACAUUGGCUGGAGUUUUAAUCAGUCUUGACUGGUCUACCAGCACUAUGAUAUUGCCUGGCAUUGCGUAUUUUGCCAAUGACUGGAGAACUCUGGUUCUCGCGGUAACAGCUCCUCUUGGACUGGCUGUGAUCACAUGGAGGUGGAUCCCAGAGUCUGCGCGAUGGCUGAUUGUCAAUGGAAGGCUGGAUGAUGCUCAUCUUUAUCUAAGCAAAUGUGCCUCAUUUAACAAAAGAGAAAAUAGCCUCAAAGAUAUUAAACCACAGUCCCUUGCUGCUGUGAUAGUCGCUGAGAACAAAGGAAACAGAACAUACUCGUUUUUGGACCUGAUGAGAUCUCCCAAGAUGAGAAAACUGUCUAUUCUCUCAGGAACCACCUGGUUUGGAGUUGCUUUUACGUACUACGGUAUCAGUUUGAACAUAUCUGGCUUUGGACUGAACCUGUACCUAACGCAGUUCAUUUAUGGUGCCAUAGAGAUGCCAUCAAAACUGUUAGCCUAUCUGUGCCUAGACAAACUUGGCCGCAGGUACAGCCAGGUGGGCACGCUGGUUACAACAGGGGUCUGCAUUGGCAUCACUAUCCUCAUUCCUAAAAAUUUGUGGCUACCUCGUACCAUCGUUGCUGUACUGGGUAAAGGAUUUUCAGAGGCCGCCUUCACUUGUCUUUUUCUCUAUACCACAGAGAUAUACCCAACUGUGUUACGGCAGAAUGGAUUAGGCUACAGCUCAUUUGUUGGUCGUGUUGGUGUCUCUUUGGCACCUCUUGUGGGCCUCCUGGAUGAGGUCUGGCUUCCUCUCCCUCAAGUCCUGUUCUGCACUGUAGCCAUCAUUGUAGGCCUCCUUGCGCUGCUUCUUCCUGAGACCCACAAUGUGCGGCUUCCUGAAACUAUUGAAGAUAUUGAGAAAACUAGGAAGAGAUCCAUCUGUUUACCACUUGAGUGA